CCCCUCCCCCCGCCCCUCCCCCCGCCGGGGGUGUCGCGCGCCGGUGGCACCAUGUCCUAUGUCCCCUUCCGAGAUGUGCGCGGAGCCCCCCUGGGCCGCGGGCCCCCCUACGCCCCCUCCCCCUACGAGCGCCCAGCCUGGAACCCCCGGUUCUGCAUCAUCUCCGGCAACCAGCUGCUGAUGCUCGAUGAGGAGGAGAUCCACCCGCUGCUCAUCCGGGACCGGCGGGGCGAGCCGUGCCGGAGCAAGCUGCUGCGGAGAACCGUCAGCGUGCCGGUGGAGGGGCGCCCGCACCCCGAGCACGAUUACCACGGCGGCCGCUCCCGCAGGAAGAGCGUUCCCGGGGGGAAGCAGUUCAGCAUCAACAUGGACGCGCCGCCCGCGCCCCCCUUCCGGCCCUCGCAAGGCUUCCUGAGCCGCCGCCUCAAGAGCUCCAUCAAGCGCACCAAGAGCCAGCCCAAGCUGGACCGGACCAGCAGCUUCCGGCAGAUCCUGCCGCGCUUCCGCAGCGCCGACCACGACAGGAGACCUGGACACACCUGGGGACAUCAGGGCACACCUGGGGACACCACGGGGGCAUUUGGGGACAUGUGGGGGCACUGGACCAGCAGCUCCCACAGCGCCGAGCGUGACAGGGCGCGGCUGAUGCAGAGCUUUAAGGAGUCGCACUCGCACGAGUCGCUGCUGAGCCCCUCGAGCGCGGCCGAGGCGCUGGAGCUGAAUCUGGACGAGGAUUCCAUCAUCAAGGCCGUGCACAGCAGCAUCCUGGGCCAGGAGUUCUGCUUUGAGGUGACGACGGCGUCGGGCACCAAAUGUUUCGCCUGUCGGUCGGCGGCCGAGAGGGACAAAUGGAUCGAGAACCUGCAGCGCGCCGUGAAGCCCAACAAGGACAACAGCCGGCGCGUGGACAACGUGCUGAAGCUGUGGGUGAUCGAGGCGCGCGACCUGCCGCCCAAGAAGCGCUACUACUGCGAGCUGUGCCUGGACGACAUGCUGUACGCGCGCACCACCAGCAAGGCCCGCACCGACAACGUCUUCUGGGGCGAGCACUUCGAGUUCAACAACCUGCCGGCCGUGCGCACCAUCCGCCUGCACCUCUACAAGGACACCGACAAGAAGAGGAAGAAGGACAAGAGCAACUACGUGGGCAUGGUGAGCAUCCCCAUCGCCAGCGUCACCGGGCGGCACUUCGCCGAGCAGUGGUACCCCCUGAGCCAGCCCAGCGGCAGCAAGAGCAAGGCCGGGUGCCCGGCGCUGCGGGUCAAGAGCCGCUUCCAGACCAUGAGCAUCCUGCCCAUGGAGCUCUACAAGGAGUUCGCCGAGUAUGUCACCAACAACUACCGCAUGCUCUGCGCCGUGCUGGAGCCGGUGCUGAGCGUCAAGAGCAAGGAGGAGGUGGCCUGCGCGCUGGUGCACAUCCUGCAGAGCACCGGCAAGGCCAAGGACUUCCUGUCGGACAUGGCCAUGACGGAGGUGGAUCGUUUCAUGGACCGGGAGCACCUGAUCUUCCGGGAGAACACCUUGGCCACCAAAGCCAUCGAGGAGUACCUGAAGCUCAUCGGCCAGAAAUACCUCAAGGACGCCAUUGGCGAGUUCAUCCGGGCGCUCUAUGAGUCGGAGGAGAACUGCGAGGUGGACCCCAUGAAGUGCUCGGCCUCCACCCUGGCCGACCACCAGGCCAACCUGCGCAUGUGCUGCGAGCUGGCGCUCUGCAAGGUGGUCAACUCCCACUGCGUGUUCCCGCGGGAGCUGAAGGAGGUGUUCGCCUCGUGGCGGCUGCGCUGCGCCGAGCGCGGGCGCGAGGACAUCGCCGACCGCCUGAUCAGCGCCUCGCUCUUCCUGCGCUUCCUGUGCCCCGCCGUGAUGUCCCCCAGCCUCUUCGGACUCAUGCAGGAGUACCCCGACGAGCAGACGGCGCGGACGCUGACCCUCAUCGCCAAGGUCAUCCAGAACUUGGCCAACUUCACCAAGUUCGGGAGCAAGGAGGAGUACAUGGCGUUCAUGAACGAGUUCCUGGAGCUGGAGUGGGCCAGCAUGCAGCAGUUCCUGUACGAGAUCUCCAACCUGGACACGCUGACCAACAGCACCAGCUUCGAGGGCUACAUCGACCUGGGCCGCGAGCUGUCCACGCUGCACGCGCUGCUCUGGGAGGUCAUGAGCCAGCUCAGCAAGGAGGCACUGCUGAAGCUGGGCCCGCUGCCGCGGCUGCUGACCGACAUCAGCGUGGCGCUGCGCAACCCUCACCUGCAGCGGCAGCCGAGCCAGGGCGAGCGGCUGCCGCCCAAGGGGCUGGUGCUGCGCGGGCCCUCGGCCGACCUGCAGCCCUACCUCGUGCGCGACCUCAACAGCUCCGUGGAUCUCCAAUCCUACAUGGUCCGGGGGCUCAACAGCUCCAUGGACGUGCCGCGCCUGCCGUCCCCGCCGCAGGAGAAGGGCCCUCCCGAGAUGCUGGUCCUGAGCCGCCCGCCGCUCGCCCGCUCCUCGCCCGCCUACUGCACCAGCAGCUCGGACCUGACCGAGCCCGAGGGCGGCCGCGGGGGCGCGCUGGGGGUCGGCAAGAGCGUGUCCAUGCUGGACCUGCAGGACGGACGCGUGGACAGUAUCCCCAGCCUGCCGGCCGAGCUGCUGGCCGGGGGCGCGGCCCCGGGGGGCGCGGGCCAGGGGGGGCUGCGGCCCGGUCGCCUCUCGCAGGGCAGCGCCUCCAGCCUGGCCCCGCCGCGCCUGGGCGUGCCCGAGCCCGGGGGCCCGCAGCUGCGGGUGCCGCUCUCCUUCCAGAACCCGCUGUUCCACCUGGCCGCCGACGGGCCCCUGCGCGGCCCCGACGGGGGCGGAGGGGGCGGCGGGAGGGGCGAGGGGGGCGGCGGAGAGGGGGGACACUUCGGGGGCGUCCCCCCGCCGCCGCUGCACGGCUACAGCAAGAGCGAGGAGCUGGCGACCCCUCCCCAGAAACACAUCACGCACAGCCACAGCUACAGCGACGAGUUCGGGCGGCCGGGCGGCGACUUCGGCCGCAGGCAGCUGUCGCUCCAGGACACGCUGGCCCCCCCCCAGAUCACCAUCGGGGCCCCCCCGCCGCCCACCCCGCGGGGGUCGCGGGCGGGGAAAGGGGGCGGGGGUCCCUCGGCGCUGGGGGUGCCCCAGAAGCCGCGCCCGGCCAGCGGGAACCUGCUGGCCUCGCCCGAGCCCGCCUACGGCCCGGCCCGCUCCCGCCAGCCCUCGCUGGCCAAGGAGGCCUCGGUGGCCGGCAUGAAACCGCCCGUCACCAAGCAGGCGUCGCAGACGCCGUCCACGCUGAACCCAGUGCUGCCGGCGGCCGAGCGCACGGUGGCCUGGGUGUCCAACAUGCCGCACCUGUCGGCCGACAUCGAGAGCUCGCACAUCGAGCGCGAGGAGUACAAGCUCAAGGAGUACUCCAAGUCCAUGGACGAGAGCCGGCUGGACCGGGUGAAGGAGUACGAGGAGGAGAUCCACUCGCUGAAGGAGCGGCUGCACAUGUCCAACCGCAAGCUGGAGGAGUACGAGCGGCGCCUGGUGACGCAGGAGGAGCAGACCAGCCGCAUCCUCCUGCAGUACCAGCAGCGCCUGGAGCUCAGCGAGAAACGGCUCCGGCAGCAGCAGCAGGAGAAGGACUCGCAGAUCAAGAGCAUCAUCGGCAGCCUGGCCCCGCAGGCUGAUGCUGGUGGAGCAGGAGCUGCGCAGGGAUCACUUGGGCGCCCACGACCCAUCCGAGGGCCGGCGGCGGCUGCUCGACGCUCAGCUGUCCGUCAGGUAGCGCGGCCCAGCCCCGCCAGUGGCACCGGACCCUCGGCCACCGGUGACACCCCAGGAGAGGCAGCUUUCCGCCGUGGGUGCAGCAGACCCGGGUGUGAUUUGGGGGGCCGGGGGGGUCCCCGGGCGGCCCCCGCCUCCGCCCCCGCCACCCCCGAUCACGGCCAACGGCUGCGAGCGGCGCGGCCCCGCUGCUGAGCACUGACCCCCGCCCCGGGGGUCGCCGGGACCCCCCCAAAAACUGCACCCGCACCCCCCUUCAGUCCCCCCGACCCCCCCAACCCUGGGGGAAAAGGGGGAAAGGGGAGGGCGGGGGGGGGGGAGCACCCGGAGACCCCCGGGGUGAGGAGGAGGAGGAGGAGGAGGAGGAGGCGAGGGGGGCUCGCCCUGGGGGGGGUCUCAU